CAAACUUUGACUACGCGAAAGAAACUGGAGGCUACCUUUUAUAUAACAGUUUCUUGUAUGCAUUAAUCCACAGCUUGAGAUUUAAAAGUUAAAACUAAUAAUGGGGAAAGUUUCGAUUCUUGGUUUGGUUCUUGCAGUUCUAGGUGUCCUGGCUGGAGAAUUUGGUUGUAAUGGAGACACCCUUUACAUAAAUUGUUCUCUGUCUGACCUAAAAGCUCUUACAGACUUCAAACAUGGACUUGAAGAUCCUGAGAACAGGCUCUCGUCGUGGAAAGGGACAAACUGUUGUCAGUGGAGGGGAAUCAGCUGUGACAAUACUAAUGGAGCUGUCAUUUCCGUUGAUCUCCACAACCCAUAUCCUGUAAGUUCUGCUGAAUCUUCAAGCAGGUAUGGGUAUUGGAACUUGAGUGGGGAGAUUAGACCUUCAUUGCUAAAACUCAAGUCGUUACAGCACUUAGAUUUGAGUCUCAACACAUUUAAUAAUAUCCCAAUUCCUACAUUCUUAGGAUCCAUGAGAAGUUUGAGAUAUUUAAAUCUGUCAGAGGCUGGGUUUAGUGGUGCAGUUCCUUUAAAUUUAGGAAACCUUUCUAGCUUGGAGUUUCUUGAUGUUUCUUCUCCAUUUUCAGGUCUAGCUGUUAGUAGUCUUGAGUGGGUCAGGGGUCUUGUCUCACUGAAACAUCUAGCCAUAAAUGGAGUUGACCUUUCCAUGGUAGGAUCCAAUUGGCUUGGGGUAUUAAACAUGCUUCCACAUCUGGCUGAAAUUCAUCUCUCAGGUUGUGGUCUAUCUGGUUCCGUUCUAUCUCAUAGCUCUGUAAAUUUUACUUCUCUUUCUGUGAUAGACCUUAGUCUGAACCACUUUGAUUCAAUUUUCCCUGACUGGCUCGUAAAUAUUAGCAGCCUAUCCUACGUUGAUUUAAGCAAUUGUGGUUUGUAUGGUAGGAUACCCCUUGGUUUUAGUGAGCUACCACGUCUUCAGUACUUGAGUCUUGCUAUGAACGAUGAUCUUUCUGCAAGUUGCUCUCAGUUGUUUCAAGGAAGUUGGAAAAAAAUAGAGGUUCUCAGUUUGGCUGCAAAUAAACUGCACGGUAAACUUCCCUCUUCCAUAGGAAAUAUGUCAUCUCUCACUAACUUUGAUUUAUCUUCCAAUUCUGUCGAGGGUGGGAUUCCUAGCUCUAUUGGCAAACUUUGCAACUUGAAAAUUUUCGAUUUAUCUGGAAACAACUUGACAGGUAGUUUGCCUGAAGUCCUUGAAAGGACUAGCUGUGUUUCAAACAAUCCCAUGCCUAGUUUAAUAAACUUGAGACUAGGUGUCAAUCAUCUAGUGGGGAAUUUGCCAGCUUGGUUAGGCGAGCUUGAAAAUCUUGCAGAACUUACUCUGGACUAUAACAUGAUUCAAGGGCCAAUUCCUGCUUCUUUAGGCAACUUACAUAACCUGACUAUUUUGGGACUCGCGGGGAAUCAACUAAAUGGAAGUCUCCCUGAUAGUUUUGGACAGCUUUCUCAAUUGUGGAGCUUGGAUGUCUCUUUUAAUCAUCUCUCAGGUUUUAUCACUGAAUUGCAUUUCUCAAGGCUUCAUAAACUAAAGUUCUUGCAUUUGUCUUCCAAUUCAUUCAGUUUCAAUGUCAGCUCCAAUUGGAUACCUCCAUUUCAGCUCCGAAAUCUUGAUCUUGGUUCCUGUCAUUUGGGUCCUUCUUUUCCAGCUUGGCUUAGAACUCAGAAGGAAGUGGGAUUUCUAGAUUUCUCGAACGCUAGCAUCUCAGAUACUAUACCCAACUGGUUUUGGGAAAUAUCCUCCAACCUAUCACUGCUAAAUGUUUCUUUCAAUCAGUUACAGGGCCUUCUACCAAAUCCAUUAAGUGUAGCUCCCUUUGCAGAUGUUGAUUUCAGCUCCAACCUUUUGGAAGGACCUAUUCCACUUCCCACUGUGGGGAUUGAAUCGCUAGACCUCUCUAAUAAUCACUUUUCAGGUUCUAUUCCACAGAACAUAACUGAAUCCAUGCCAGACCUGAUCUUUCUUUCUCUUUCGAAUAACCAAUUGACAGGAGCUAUCCCAGCUUCAAUAGGAGAUAUGUUGAUUCUUCAAGUCAUUGACCUCUCAAACAACAGCUUAGAACGCAACAUCCCUUCAAGUAUAGGGAAUUCUUCUUUUUUAAAGGCUCUAGACCUUAGUCACAACAAUCUAUCCGGGGUGAUUCCAGAACUUUUAGGUCAAUUAAAUCAGCUUCAGUCAAUUCACCUGAGCAACAAUAAUCUCACAGGAAAACUUCCAUCAUCUUUGCAAAAUUUAUCGAGCUUGGAAACAUUGGAUCUCGGAAACAACAGACUAUCAGGUAACAUUCCACUGUGGAUUGGAGGUGGCUUUCCACAACUUAGAAUACUCAGCCUAAGGUCAAAUGCAUUUUCUGGUGAAAUUCCAUCCAACCUGGCAAACUUGAGCUCGCUGCAAGUCCUUGACCUUGCAGAUAACAAGUUGACUGGUGCCAUUCCAGAAACUUUGGGAGAUUUUAAAGCCAUGUCGAAGGAGCAAUACGUAAACCAAUAUCUACUCUAUGGGAAAUACAGAGGUCUGUACUAUGGAGAGAGAUUUGUGAUGAACAUAAAAGGUGGUCCUCAAAAAUACACCAAAACUCUUUCCCUAGUCACUAGCAUAGACCUUUCCAUCAACAGCUUAAAUGGAGAAUUCCCUGAUCAAAUCACAAAGUUGGUUGGUUUAGUGACUUUGAACUUGUCAAAAAACCAGGUCAGCGGCCAUGUUCCUGAUAACAUUUCAAGUUUGCGCCAACUAUCAUCUCUUGACCUCUCAAGUAACAGACUUUCAGGUGCAAUUCCUUCCAGCUUGCCAGCAUUAUCAUUUUUAAGCUACCUGAACCUGUCCAACAAUAAUUUAUCUGGCACGAUCCCGUAUAGAGGGCAGAUGACAACUUUUGAAGCAUCCUCUUUUUCUGGGAAUCCCGGUCUUUGCGGACCUCCACUGGUCCUCCAGUGCCAAGGUGAUGAUUCAGGUAAAGGAGGGACUAGUACUAUAGAAGACAGUGAUGAUGGCUUCAUUGACAGUUGGUUUUACUUGAGUAUUGGACUGGGAUUUGCAGCUGGUAUUCUGGUUCCUAUGCUUUUAUUUGCAAUCAAGAAACCAUGGAGAGUUUCCUACUUUGGUUUUGUGGACAAAAUCGUUGACCGAGCAUUGUGAGUUCAAGACUAAACAGCUAUACAUACUAGAAAUCAACAGAGCCCCAAAGCACACUCUUCUCCGUUUAAUUUCAUUUUAACUUGCAUGUACAAAUCGUAGAUGGAAUGUUGAUUGCUGUUUUUGUGUCGUGAAAGGAAUUUGUGAGAAAGGACAUUGCUUCUGUUUUGAGAUUACUUUACUUGUUUACUGAUUUCCUGAAA